AAAAAGUACACAUACACUCCAUAUAAUAAUCGGAUGCAUGUAAAAGAGAAGGGAAACAUCGCCAUGUCGGCUACGGGUCCCAUAAGUAAUUAUUAUGUGGAUUCCUUGAUCAACCAUGAGAGCGAGGAUGUUCUGGCGAGUCGUUUCACAGCCACUGGUCCGAUAUCCUCCAGCUCACGCCCGACGCCCCUGGUACCGGAAUGCGCGGAUUACCCGUCCUGCAGCUUUGCCCCGAAACCACCAGUCUUUACUACCUCGUGGGCCCCUGUUCACUCCCAGUCGUCAGUAGUUUACCAUCCAUACACUCACCAACCUCACCUAGGCACAGACUCAAGGUACGUUCGCUCUUGGCUGGAGCCCAUCCCCGGUACCGUGUCUUUUCCAGGAUAUGCAGGGAAUAGCAGGCACUACGGGCUGAAGCCCGACACCUUCCAGGAUCCCCGCGCCGGAGACUGUUUGGGCUCGAACGGACGUACUUAUACGGAUUAUCUCUACUGUUCAGCCGUCGACAUUAGAGAAAAGCAACAGAAUACACCAUCGCCAGAGACGGAGAGCCUGUCUUCCGGGAAGCACAAAGACGACAAGGCUGAAUUAGACCCAAAUAAUCCUGUGGCAAACUGGAUCCAUGCGCGCUCAACUCGAAAGAAACGUUGUCCGUACACCAAGUAUCAAACACUCGAACUCGAAAAGGAAUUUUUAUUCAAUAUGUACCUCACAAGAGACCGGCGAUAUGAGGUAGCAAGGGUGCUGAACCUAACGGAGCGACAAGUCAAAAUCUGGUUCCAGAACCGACGGAUGAAGAUGAAGAAAAUGAACAAGGAAAAAAACGACAGUAAAGAACAAUAGACCAAAUGUCAUUAAUCGGACACAGACUGAAGGAAAAUCAUCAUUUAGAACGGUCAUGAGUCUUAACAUUUGCACCUUCGGCCCAUAAAAGGAACAGAGAAAACGAAUAUCCUUUAUGGAUAUCUUUAAAACGUGUUGUUAUUAGUAUGGUUUAAUAUAAAUGUAAUUUUUACCAUCCUGGAUUGAGUCAUAUUAAUAUUAUACGUAGUUUGGAUUUACAUAACGUUUCUUUACUCACAAACACAAACGUGGACUCUGAAGAGAGACUACCCCGAAGUUUCAGAGAAAAAUAUACUUGAACUACUUUAUUUUGAAAUUCCUAAUUUAUGCUAUAUCUUCGUGGUUGUUUCUUUUCUAUGCUUCCAUUUAUUUGUAGAAGGUUUGAAAGCCAAGUAUUUUAUAAAGAUUAACAAUUCUGUAGUUAAGAAUACGUGUUUGCGUCGAUGUACUUAGUUUGUUUUUGAUGUACCUGUUUGUGUAUUUUACAUUCUUUAAACUGUAAAUGAGUUUCAUUAUAGAUUGUAGAUAUAUCCAAAUAUAUACAACCAUGUUAAUAUGA